AUGGCCCCGGUCGAAUCGGCAGCGCGCCGCCGACUCAACAACGCCCGCAGCAAAAGCCAGCCUCACCUUCAGCCGCUUCGACCGUAUCUGCGCCCCCACGUCCGAACGGCCAAGGACCUUCGACCUUUGAGGAAAUGGGUAUUCCACAAGGAAAGGGUGACGGUGAUUGCCCGCGUUCACGAAGUUUCGGGGAAUGAGAGCACCAGUAUGCUGACUUGA